AUGACGGUCAAAGCGCUAAGAGCAGUUGCCAAAGGCCAUAAUGGCCUGGGCGCCUUCGUCCUCCAGUGCAAGAAGAUGGACUUUCACUAUUGUGACUGGGCCGGCAGCUCCAGGGGCAUGAACCACUUCAUCAAAUCUGUCCUGCCCAAAUUUGCCGCCGCCAAUCCCCAGGUCGAAUUCGCCGUCUCUCCCCGACCUGGAAAGCACCCCGUCGUCAUCGGACACUACAUCAACGGCCGGACAAAGCCCGUCUGCGUGCGAAACCUCGAGCCGGACAAAAUUCUUGCAAAAGUAGAGCUUCUACGCGACGCGAGUGGGGAGAAGCUCAAGCGCACAAACAAGGCGGUCACGAGCACGAGUCCCAGCGUCAGAGGCAUUUGGUCUCCGUACCACGGGACGGGGAUGGUUGUAUAG